UUCGGGUCCGUGCGGCGGAGGAGCCCCAGUCAGUCAGUGUGUGUGAGUGACGCGCUGGAGGUGUAAGGGACUGACGCGGUGUUUACGUCUCGGUGUGAGUGUCCAGUGGCAGCAGAGAGAGUCGGGACUGAGGGAAAUAAAACCGGAGUACAAAAAGACCCAUGAUUGCGAGUUCACAAUGAUGUUUCGCAUGAGUGAAAGAAUAGGAUGAUAAUUGAAAACAAUGAGACCAGGACUGUAUGUGUGGGGGGGAGGUUGUGCCUUUGAUAUCCGUGGUCACCGAAUCCCCAGGAAUGGCUGCACCAACUGACGGAAGUUGGAUUGCAGGCAAAAAACAAUGGAUUCCAAUAUCGAAACUCAUCAGCGUGGUGAUCCAGACACAGAUGGACAGCAUAUAACAAUACAGGCACCAACACAACUUGCUACUAUAGCACAGGUAAGCAUGCCAAGUGUUCAGGCCACUGCAGGCAAUCCAACUGUAACAUUAGUCCAGUUCCCCAACGGACAGACCGUUCAAGUCCAAGGAGUUAUCCAGGCAGCUCAGUCAUCAGUGAUCCAGUCGCCUCAAGUUCAAACUGUUCAAAUUUCCACAAUAGCAGAAAGUGAGGACUCCCAGGAAUCCGUGGAUAGUAUGACGGACUCACAGAAGCGUAGAGAGAUCCUAUCGAGGCGUCCUUCUUACAGAAAAAUCUUGAAUGAACUCUCAUCUGAUACCCCUGGGGUGCCAAGAAUUGAUGAAGAAAAAUCUGAAGAAGAAUCGAAUGCCACAUCUGUAACAAUGACGAUGCCAACCCCCAUCUAUCAGACCAGCAGUGGACAGUACAUUGCUAUCACGCAGGGAGGUGCAAUCCAACUAGCUAACAAUGGCACAGAUGGCCUUCAGACACUGACAAUGAGUAAUGCAGGAACUACCCAGAGUAGUGCAACCAUUUUACAGUAUGCCCAGAGCACUGAUGGACAGCAACAGAUCUUUGUUCCAGGCAGCCAGGUGGUGGUACAAGGUGCCGCUGGAGAUGUCCAGACCUAUCAGAUCCGCACCAGUCCCAACUCCACUGCCAGCCAGGGUAUGGUGAUGACAUCAUCCCCAGUCAUGCACAACCAGCCGCAUAAUGCCGAGGAUACAGCUCGCAAGCGAGAAAUCCGCCUCAUGAAAAACAGGGAGGCAGCACGUGAGUGUCGUCGGAAGAAGAAAGAGUAUGUGAAGUGCCUGGAGAACCGCGUAGCUGUUCUGGAGAAUCAAAAUAAGACGCUUAUUGAGGAGCUCAAAGCACUCAAGGACCUGUAUUGCCAUAAAUCUGACUAGUAUGCCACUUGUCAAUCCUGUGAAUGAUAACAGACUGGCUCCCAAAGACAUAUCAGCAUGAGCUGGGCGACUCUGCUACCUUUUCUAUUGAUUUCUCUCCUCCACGAACUGCAUGGAUGCAGUUCCGGCAGCUGCACUCCCAUGCAAAGAGGAUCAUGCGCUGGAUCCCGCGGUCCAGACCGGUCGAAUAUAUCUUGUCCCAACCUCAAGACAGCCUCAUAACCGGUUGAGCAAUUGGUUUUCACACGAACAUUUUUAUAAACAAACUAACUUAUUGGUACAAAAAAAAUGUUCAGUGUGACCAGGAAAUAUCACAAGCAAAUAUUUUAGUUUGGUAUCUCUUGAAAUAUCCGGAGCUUAUUUCUCCUCCCUGCUUUGUUUUACUUCCACCUUUUCCUUGCAGCACCACAGUCGUGGAUUGUGGUCAUCCUUCGGGCUAAGCAGAAGCUUGCUGCAGCUUGCAGGACUAAAAUGUUGCUUUGCUGGCCUGUUAGUUGAGAGGUGCACUCUUGUGUCUCAGCCUCUCCCUCACCCAACCAAUAUUAGGAGACACCAGCAUUUGCUGCCAGCCAAGAAAUGCAUUGCACAUGUUGGUAAGUGGGACAGAGGUUUGCAUCGGGAGGGUGGGGGCAUAAAGGCCACCUUUAACCAGAAAGGUAUGAAAUUAAGCACCUUCUACUGCUUUACUGACAGGCUGUUCGACUCGUCGCCUUUUUCCUAGCUUGCAUUUUGGACGUGUCUCUUGUUUGUAUUCAUUGCAUUUUAAAAGAACAAUCCAGCAGGAGCAUUCAGUCAGUCAAACUGAGCAGAGUAACCCAUGCCUAAAGCUCAUGAAACUGGAGAUGUUCAAUUUUGUAUUGUGUUAUCCAGUCCUUUAAGUAAAAUAUUGAGGGAUUGAGCCUCAGCCAAUUAAUGCUGUAAGUCAGAACCCAAAUUGCAAAGUGAUGUGAAGUCGUGGGCUGUUUAGGGGAUGGGGGAAGGCAUUGUUGUGAAACUGGUCAUCUUGUUGAUGCCUUUGCACUGUAUUAAUAACACUUUACAUUUUUAUACUGUAUAUACUUCAGAAAGAAGCGCUUUGCUGCAGGGAGAAAGAGACAAAAAGUGGAAAAGAGCCAGGGUUUCUGAUGCAAUUCCUUACCGCUAUCAACACAAGGCAGUGUUGCUUGGGCAGGCCAAGGUUUGGCAUAUUUUCCCCUUCCCUCUCUUCACCCCCCCCAGACACACACACACAAAAAAAACCCUGCUCCAAUAUAAAUCCUACAAACCGAUGAACGACCCACAUCUUUUUGAAAUGUUGCAGAUUUUAUAGAGUAAGCAAGAACAGACAAAAUGUGCAAUACAGAGUAAAUGCAUACAGUAUCAUCAAUGGAAACCAUCUCCAUUCCAAGGCCUCUGCAUCCCGCAGGCCUCCGGUAAAUUCCCACAAUGAGGAGUAGCUCUUGAGGGUGAAUCACUAUGUUGAAGACAUAGCCCUCCCAGUGGCAAAGGUAGUGUCUGAAUAAUAUAAAGGACAUUGAGGAGCUUGUCUCGACAGUCGCAACGUACUAAGUUGCAGACCAAUCUUGCCAAUCUCUCCCCAAGACAUCUUUGAUAUUUAAGACAGACAAACUAUCCAAGAUGUAGGAUAGGUUGUAAAUUAAAUAAAAUCCUAAAAGAGAUGAAAAUGGUUGAGAUGGGAAGAAAUAUGUACAUCCUAAUUUACAACCAGUCUGCUAGGUAUUUGGAAGGAUUAAUAAAUUUCCAAGGGAAUAGGUAGAUUCAGAUUCCUCUCAAUCCACCAACAGCUUCCUGAGGGAGCUCCUGGGAGAGACAGUAAUCCAGAAAGAACGCUGUUUACAAGUAGGUCAGACAUCACUCUUGUGUGACUGACAUAUCUCCCAAAGUAUCUGGAUCAAUUGAAUGAAGCAUUUGCAAUAGCAGUCAUGUGCAAUGCUAGUUGACUGGAAUGUGCCUUGGUGCAGCAUAAAGGAAACAGUCAUUCAAGCGUAUCAUCCUGGGAUCUAGAAGAAUCUUCAAAGGAAACCCCAAUAAGCAAUAUAUCAACAGGUCACAUUCAGUUAGUACCCACAAUAACUUGCUUUUAUAUAGCGGCCUUCACGCAGGGCAGCGUCCCGGAGCGCUGGACAGAUAUAUGUCCAGAAGAUGUGGAGGUUGCUAGCUCCUCAGACAUUAGGUGCAUGAUAUGUGCAGUGUAAAAUCUUCAACCAAUUGCUUCUGAUUAUGCAUAUUCAGGAAACCUACUUUAUUUGAAAAAAUAUCAAAUGGUAGGACAUCACAAAUUAAAAUACUUCAAAUUGAACAUCAGAACUAAAUAUGUUAAUCCUGCUGAUAGUUUAAACUCCUUACAACGCUGGUUGAUCAAGCAAUUUACUGUCUAUUAGAUAUGUUCAUGCACCUUCAUGCAGCAAUAACUUAACCGGAGUUAAAAAUAUGACGACCUGUUCUGUGGCAGCAACUCUAAUACCCUUCACGUGCACAUAUUAAGACAAGACUGUUCUGAUCAUUAGGGGUGGGGGGGAAUGCUAAAAAUCAACAUCGCAUGUGGAAACGUAAUGAUGUUUCAGCAUGUUAAGUUGGUAAUGGCAGUAGUUCUGAACUCUGAAUGAUGUUUUUAAUUCAUAAUCUACCUUUUACACUUUUUUAAAGAAAUAGCAUGCAAUUUUGCCAAGAUGUUUCGGAUACUUCCCUCCGGUAAAGUUGCUUCCCUUGUGUAUGUUGCACUCUGAUUGGAGACUGUUUUAUUAAUGCCCUGGGGUAAAGUUACUAAAUAUCCUGGGAUGUUAGUUAGUAAUUUAUUUACUGUGUGAAGAGGGCUAUAACUAAAGUAUGAAUACUUUCUUGUCAGUUUUCUAAAGAUAUGAGUAUUGGGUGAUUAACUUAAAUACUGUGAGCCAUCAAUAUGUGCUUACUGUUGGAUGUCCUUGGUAUCAGGGAUCUCGUGUUCACAUUUUCUUGCCACCUGUUUUUUUUUCAAACCACGAAGACAAUUAAUAGGCUAUGGCGAGCAGCGGGUUUGAUUAAGGAACAACAUAUGUGCUCACGUUGUACAUCAACAAAUUGGAGGAUUGGAUGAAAAUCUUCUGACUGCAGUCUCUGAAUGGUUAUAAAUGUUACAAGUAAUUCAUUAUAACUUUACUCCUUUAAUAGUGUGUCUGUUGGGUUUAGUAAUGGGGCCUGUCAGAAUCCUUCUGCAAUAUGAAAAUGCAUAUAAAAGCUGUUUGCUGUAGAAUUCUUUCUAGCAUUUUUAAUUUGUUCGCUUAAAAUCCCAGGGCAUGACGCUCCCCAGAGUGCUGAUGUUUGCACUAUUUGUUACAUAUUGCAUUAUGGUUUCAUGAUUUUUAUUUUUUCUGUUGGAGCUCAUUUAUAAAGCCUUUCAGUGCUUUCGAAGUGUUUUAUUUCAUGCUUACCAUAGUUUAUGUUCUGAGAAAGACGAAAGAGCUGGAACUUCUGAGUUGGUCGCAUCCUCCAUUGUGUUGAGUGCCUCUGGAUGAGGUUUCGUACUGAUGCUCAGUUCCCUUUAACUGUAUAUAGCUUUCUCUGUUGCAAAGCAUUGGCAUUGCUUCUGUUUUCCUUUCAACAUCAGCCUAUGUUUAUUGACCAGAAUACCAUCAAUUCUUGCAGCAGUACUCAUACAUUGCUGUUGAACAUUACCUUCAGCACACUGAGAGGGAAAUUACUCCUUCAGCGAAGGAGCUAAAUUAGCCUUUUUUUUUAGAAUAACAGCAGUUUAUCUUAAACAGGGAACAAGGCAAGUCAAGCCAUUCUCUAUCUCACUGCGGUACCCUCAGUAACGCCAAUAUUGUUUGAAAGCAUAGUGAGUAGUCUAUUCACAGGUAUAAAGUUAUGAGAUUUAAUGUACAUGAAGUUUUUUUAUUAAGAAAAUCUCUGGCUUGCACCAAAUUUCUGUGUUAUUCUGCCUGAGUUUGUAGGUUGAUAAGGUUUAUAUAGUACUGCAUCUGUUAUUUCAGGUUGUUUUUAAGUUACCUCUGUGGAAUCUCACAGGAAUACCACCGAUUGAGUAUUAUGAGACAUUCUGUUCUCAUACCCUGAAAUGUCCAGUUGAAUUGCGAAUUGUCCUGGAAGGGCAGUGCAUCAUGUGAGGCAUCACAUACAGCAAAUUGCACUUUUGAAGCACCUUUCACAUAGGACAAUGUACCAAAGCGCUUUACAGAAACAGUGGGAACUUGAGCUGUGUGUGAUAUGGGGGAGGAGGAGUGGCCGAAGACAGAAUCAAGAGGUUUUCGAUCAGAGUGGUGGAAAGUGGUUCAGCACCUGAUCAUCUAUCUGACCAACUUAAUCAUGGAUAGUGUGUGUACCCUGGAGGGAUUUGGGAGAAAAUAACUUGGGAGAGGAGGGAAAGCUGAGCACCUUCACCCACAAAACUAAGCCAAAACUCAAAAUGUAUCUAAAAGGUUGCUUCAUCAGUGAGAUUUUCUAUAUUUUUACUUAAUCAAACUCUCAAAAAUGUAGCUGAAGGCAAUAAAUGUAAUAAAGAAAGAUGCACCUUCAGCUUGUCUUGGGUGACGGGGAGGCAGGGUUGUAGGGUUUUAUUAGGGUCUGAAGCAAGGAGGGAUGAGAAAUGAAGGGACACAGGGUGAAACUUAAUGGUGUUCUUGGGGAUUAGCUUAUUCUAUGCAAGGUGGAACGUUCUCCUGUGUGUUUGCCCAGACACUGUUCUUAGAAACAAUUCAAUUUAGUAAGACUCCCUUAAUCAUGUGGGAUCUGUCACAGUACAUCCGCUGUGUGAAACGCAAAGGGAACCUUGACAUUCACAUGGGGCUGCAAUAAAGCCAUGCUGUACAGUUUUCUGGGGGAAGGCUGGCCAAAUAUAAAUAUUUCACUUUGUUUUCUUAAGUCUUUAUAGCAUAAAGUUAUUCAUUGAGAUGUUUGUAUUAGAUCUAAUAAUGCAAGGAAUUGAAUAUGUUUUGUUAUUUUUUUGUAUAAAAGGCUUUUGUUGCA